CCAAAACUGCACCUAUAUCGUAACUUCUUCACACACACGCUCUCUUCCCAAAUCUACGCCUACCUUCUUUCGUCCCCCAAAAUUGAGGUUUUCUCCGCGUAGUAGAAAACAGCAACAUCAGCAGAAAUUCCAUCGAUUCGAUUUGAUUUCAAUUCAAUUCAAUUUAGGUUUUUCCUAAUUAAUUUCGAUUUCACUUCAAUCGAUAAUCGCAACAAUCUACAGUUUCAUCGAUUUGAUUCAAUUCGAGAACAACAAAGAUUAGUGAGAGAAAGAGAGAAAUUUUGCAGGUUUUUUUUUAAAUUUUCUUGAAGUGGUCUGAAAAAUAAUGGGGAAGAAGAAGAAGAGACAAACAGAGAAAGUUUUCUGCUAUUAUUGCGAUAGGGAAUUUGACGAUGAGAAGAUAUUGUUACAACAUCAAAAGGCUAAACACUUUAAAUGCCAUGUUUGUAAUAAGAAGCUUUCUACUGCUGGUGGUAUGGUUAUCCAUGUCCUCCAAGUUCACAAGGAGAAUGUCACUAAGGUGCCUAAUGCAAAACCUGAAAGAGAAGCAACAGAUAUUGAAAUUUAUGGAAUGCAAGGUAUUCCGCCUGAUAUUUUGGCUGCUCAUUACGGGGAGACAGAAGAGGAUGCGUCUUCAAAAUCUGCAAAAAUUGUUCCUGCUCCGAAUAUUGUUGGUAUGAUGCCAGGGGCAGUUGGUUUUGCGCCACCUGCAACGUAUGGAGUGAUGCAGCGGCCCAUGUACAAUCCAGGUGUUCCAGCACCCCUUGGUUGGCAUGUCCCUCGUCCACCCCCAUGGUAUCCUCCGCCUCCAGCUGUUUCGGUGCCUUCAUCAGUUUCAGCACCUCCAGCAGCUUCAGUUCCUCCACAGCAGCCUCUUUUUCCCGUUCAAAACAUUACCCCACCAUUAUCUGCUGCCGGAGCUCCUGUAUCACAACCUCCGUAUCCGCCUGGCAUCCAUUCCUCUUCGGCUCCUAUCCCUGUUUCACAGCCUCUGUUUCCGGUUGGAGCUGCUGCUGGCAUGCCAAAUCAAACUUCAGCAGUUUCUGCACCAGGAUUUCCGCCAUCUAUGUCUACUAUCCCAUCAGAUAUUAGAGCGUCUGCAGCUGCAUAUGCUAAUGCCCCCCUUAAUGUGGUAAACAAUUACCAUAUACCAAAUGGUGCAGGAGCAGCAGUUAACUCACAUUCAUAUGCAUCUGGCCCGAACACUGGUGGUCCGUCAAUUGGUCCUCCUCCUGUUAUCGCUAACAAAGCACCUACAAACCAGUCAGCCGGUAAUGAGGUUUACUUGGUGUGGGAUGACGAGGCCAUGUCAAUGGAGGAGAGAAGGGCAUCGUUGCCAAAGCAUCAGGUGCAUGAUGAAACCAGCCAGAUGAAUUCAAUUGAUGCUGCCAUUGAUAGAAGAAUAUCUGAGAGCAGACUUGCUGGGAGAAUGGCUUUCUAGGAGGGACCAAAUUUUCCCCUUCAUUACACCAUGCGGUAGAAGAGCUUGCUAUUUGAUUGUGAUUGAGGAAGUCAAUGGAUGAUUUACCCAAUUGAACUUGCCAUGUGUUCUUCGUCAGUCUAGUGCGUUCAACAGACAGCUCCGAUGUAAAAUCGUCCAUUUAUUCUGGAGUGGAUAUAAAUUUGGUUAGAAAUUGAACCUUUACUUUUUGCUGGAAUUGUGCCCUAGAUUAGCAAGAUUAUCUACCGUUGCAUACUAUAGUCUUUAGGUGGAGGAUCCAUUCAGUGUAAUUUAUCUGAUUAUUACAACUAAUGAUUUAUUUAGUUCUCACUUGUCUGGUGAUGACAAUGUCGUCGA